GCCGCCCCAGGCCCCAGGCACGAUGCAGGCCAUCAAAUGUGUGGUGGUGGGAGAUGGAGCCGUGGGUAAGACCUGCCUUCUCAUCAGCUACACCACCAAUGCCUUCCCAGGAGAGUACAUCCCCACCGUGUUUGACAACUAUUCAGCUAACGUGAUGGUGGACAGCAAGCCAGUGAACCUGGGGCUGUGGGACACAGCCGGGCAGGAGGACUAUGACCGGCUCCGGCCACUGUCCUACCCGCAGACGGACGUCUUCCUCAUCUGCUUCUCCCUCGUUAGCCCUGCCUCCUAUGAGAAUGUCCGUGCCAAGUGGUUUCCCGAGGUCCGGCACCACUGCCCCAGCACACCCAUCAUCCUGGUGGGCACCAAGCUGGAUCUGCGGGACGACAAGGACACCAUCGAGAAGCUGAAGGAGAAGAAACUCGCGCCUAUCACCUACCCACAGGGCUUGGCACUGGCCAAAGAGAUUGAUUCAGUGAAAUACCUGGAGUGCUCGGCCCUCACCCAGCGGGGCCUGAAGACCGUCUUUGACGAGGCAAUCCGGGCCGUCCUCUGUCCCCAGCCCACGCGGCCGCAGAAGCGCCCCUGCAGCAUCCUCUAGGGGUUGUCCCCGUCCUCCCAGCCAGAUGGUUCUGACCCUCCCGGGCCCCCACCCAAAGCCCAGUGGCACCCC